AAAACGAGCAUGGCCACGCUCUCCCUCCUCUUUCCCCAACCACCAAUUCCGUCCUCAUAAACUUUAGUAUGGCUGCUCAUCUCUUCUUCUUCGCCUCUCUUGAAGCUCGCUCCUUUAUCUUCCCCUGCUGCAACCAAUCGCUCUUCUGCCGCUUCCCCUUCCCUCCAUUACCUUUUCACACGCUUCGACUCUCUGCUGUCAACCCCAAAUUCAGUCCCAAGUUCGUCUCCAAAUCCUCAUUUUCCAAUUCGGAUUCCGUUUCUGGUGAUUUAGAUAUCCUUUCCACAACCGAGUGUUCUGAUGGCAGCAUCAUCUUCCGGUUUGGGGAUGAGAGGGAAAUGGAAAUAAAUAAAGCCGACCAAUCUCAAGCAACCAAUGAAAGUGCUAAGAUUGUUGUCAAAGUUGGUGACCAAGAUUUGGGCAAAGAAGACAUAAGCAGUAUUAAUGAGGUUGAUGUUUCUGAUGGAGAGCCUGAAGCAGCAGAGCCUGUCAGCAAGAAAGUUGGCCAUAGUUUGAAAGUUAAAUCUCAACCUAAGAGAAAAUCUAGACGUAAUACAACCAAACUAGUUGACGUUGUUGGAGAGAAAGUUGCCUCUGUUAUUAUAGGUAAUGACACAGAGCUUGAAAAAAAAUCAGUUGAUCCUUCUAAGAAUAUACAUCCUAAAGACGGUUAUGUUGAGCUUGAUAAUGUUGUUAAAGUACAACAUGAUAAUGCCCCCGAGGGAAAUGUUGAGAGUAUUCGUAAAACCGAGGGUACUACUAAUUUGAAUAUGGUGUUAAAAGAGGAUAUAGUUCCUGAUUUAAAAAGGGUUUCUCCUCCAUUGGCAGCUUCUGCUGUUGAAAGUGAAAUUCUUACUCAAUUAGCUUCUUCAGAGUCAGGUUCCAAAAUUGAAGUGCCCCACGGUGUUAAGUUGCAGGAAGAAAAUAGUGAUUCUUCUGAGGGACAUUGUGAGAAUUUUGGUAAAAUUCAAGGUAAUGCAUUGAAUAUGGUGUUAAAGAUGAAUUUAGCUCCUGAAAUAGAGAAGGUUUCUCCUCCAUUGGCAGCUUCUGCUGUUGAAAGUGAAACUACUACUGAAUUAGCUUCUUUAGAGUCUGGUUUUGAAAGUGACGUGCCCCACGGUGUUAAAUCCCAGGAAGACAAUAGUGGUGCUUCUGAUGGAAAUGGUAAGAGUGUUGAUAAAAUUGAGGAUGCUACUUUGAAUAUGGAGUCUAAGAUGGAUUUAGCAGUAGAAGAGGUUCGUGCUCAAGUGGCAGCUUCUGAAAGAGAAAUCACAACUCAAUCUACUUCUUUAGGGGCCUGCUCCAAUAUUGAAGUGCCUCAUAGUCUUAAGUUCCAGGAAAGAGGCAAGGAUAAUGCUGGUAAAGAAGUUGCUCAUCUAUCUAUGCCUUCCAAAGAACAUAGCGAGGAACUUAGCAUAAAUGCAUCAAAAAUGUUAGUGAUAAUUGAGGAUGCCAGUGUCGGUGAUGUUAGUGAAGUUAAGCUGAACUCCACUUUAUCUGAGGUUGAGUCAACUCUCAAUGAGGCAACAGUCCACAAGACAGUGGAUGAAUCUGUUGAUAAUGACUUAUUGAAGAGCUCAAAAUUGUCAGAUGAGGGUGUGCCUUUCUCAUAUUUCAAAGAAGAGAUAACUGAGGUUGAUGCACAAAGUGGUAAUAAAGUCAGAGCACCAAUGCUUAAAGGUGUAGAGUUACAGUCAGGUGGUACAACUUUGGAAAGGGAGGAAGUCUCAACAGCAGGAUUUUUCUUAUAUUCUGGUGCCGCUCUAUUGCCAAAUCCCAAAAAGGCCUUCGCAGGUGGAGAGAAUGCUUAUUUUAUUGCUUGCCAGAAGUGGCUCGGUGUUGCUGAUGGAGUUGGUCAUUGGUCACUUGAAGGGAUGAGUGUUGGACUAUAUGCAAAAGAACUUAUGGAAAACUGUGAAAAAAUUGUGUCUGAUAGAAAUGGAGUUCCAAUAACUGACCCAGAAGAGAUCCUUAAUAAAGCUGCUGCGAAUACUCAAUCUUAUGGUUCAUCUACGGUUUUGGUUGCUUCCUUUGAUGAUCAGGCUCUCCAUGUGGCCAGUAUUGGUGAUUCAGGCUUCAUGGUCAUCAGAAACGGCACUGUAUUUAAGAGGUCUUCUCGAAUGGUUUACGAGUUCAAUUUUCCCAUACAGAUUGAAAGAGGAGAUCAUCCCUCCGACUUUGUAGAGGUUUACAGAAUUGAUUUGAAUGAAGGUGAUGUGAUUAUCACUGCAACUGAUGGACUUUUUGAUAAUCUAUAUGAGCAAGAUGUAGCUUCAGUUGUAUUCAAAUCAUUGCAAGAGAAUAUGAGGCCUCAGGAAAUAGCAGAACUCUUGGCAACUAAAGCGCAGGAGGUUGGUCAGUUAUCAUCUGUUAGGAGCCCAUUUGCAGAUGAAGCACAGGCAGCUGGGUAUGUGGGAUAUAGGGGAGGCAAGCUUGAUGAUGUGACUGUUAUUGUGUCAUUGGUGAAAAGGCGAUUCAGCAAUCAUGAGCUAAGCCAUAGAUGGCCAUUCCUGUGGGGCGUGGACUGCUAUGGAUUAAUGUCGUCUACUAGCCGUUUGCUGAGAAUGCAAUUAUUGAACAUUGGUUGCCCCAGCACCAAGGGGAUCAGCACAACUUCUGUAACCCUGGCACCUUCGAUCAUUGAAAUACAGGCAUAUGGGGACUAACUGCAUCUCUGAAGACAGAAAGAUAGAUAUUUGCUUCAGCUGAUAACUGAGUUUUUUUUUUUUUUUUUAAGAAAUGUUGUUAAACCCGAGAAAAGAGCUUGCUUGCUACCCUGCCUGUAACAUGGAGAACAAGUUGUUUGUGAGAAGUGAUGUAAGAUAAUGCUUGGAAACAGCGUCAAAUUUAGGGUAAGUUACUUUGUAACUUCGUACGGUUUAAUCACAUAUCGGGAUGUCCAGAAUCCUUUGAUGACCGUAUUUGCUUGAAGAAUUAAUGAUCAUUACUUGAUCAUGAUAUAUUUCAGCUGGAAAUUUAUUGUAGUAUAACCAGUUGAAAAUGGCAAAUAAUAACACAGAUUAAGGGACAGAUGA